AUGUCAUACUUGUUGCACGAAGACGGUCAGCGCAUUGUUGAUGACUAUCCGGGCGAUGCAUCCGUGAUAUAUGGCGCGUUCUACGACAAAGAAACCGACGUUCUCGAACCUUGGCGCAGCAUACCCCGUAACAUCGACCUGUCGAGGUAUAUGUAUAUCGUUCCCGGGCAGAGAAGAGGUUCCGCAGUUCGGGAGUAUCGUAUCUUGUACCAGCCAACCAUCCGGCCGCACGAUAACGCCAAUUGUCCUUGGUCUGUCACCCUGGCGCUGUACGGAUUCAUCGACUCCAUGAACCUAUCCCCGACGGGAAACUGGAACCAGACUCUUCAGGGCGCACGCACGGCUCUGCAAUGGAUCAAACUCACAGGCGGUCGAAUUCGCGGCCCGUUCAGAGCGCAAGGACUUGCGUUAUCGGAGGUAGAACAACAUAUAAUCGGCACUCUGCGCGGAUGCGGACUCCCCGUCACGGAUCAGAAUGCCAUGAAGCGCAAUCGCCAAAAAGAGCUGAAGUUGGGGCGCCGAGUGUUUGAAAUGGUGACCAAGCAGACGCCUCCUUCGAUACCAGUGACCGGUCCUGCCGCAGAAAUCGACCGUAAAUGGCGCAUAACCUCGACGGUCAAACUUGGGUACAGGCAGUCAGAUAUGCAAAUCAAAGCGUGCGGCGUGGCCAAAUUUUCUCCUGGCGACUUCGUGCAGACCGUCGUCAAGGUCAUCGCUUUGGUGCAGCCGGGUAAGAAUAACACAGUUACAGCUGUAAACGUGAGAUUCGAUUUAGUAUCCUGCAUUCGUCUUCUGUCCUCGAAAGAAGCCAAAGAGACAAUGUCCGCCGCCGUCGAUACGCCGAUGCCGGUUGAAAGGGACGAGAAUGUACAGAAUGAGUUUCACGACGCGAUGGACGAAGGGCCAGACAUGCUGUAG